UGAUGCUCUCUGCAUCCUGCUUUCACACAGCCAGAGCAGGAGGGAGGGGAGCUCGAAGCGCGACUGGGAAAUCAUCUUAACACAGGAGCAAAAUAACAAUUUUCUUCGCUUUAGUCCUUUGAGAUAGAUGUAAACACUUAAUAUGGCCGCAGAAACAAAAGGAGUUGAUAUAGCCAGUUCGUGACUGUUCACUCAAAACGUCCGGAAACAGCGCAAAGCGGCUCAGUGAAAGUCUCACUUUACACUCCGUGAAGGUAAAGCAGGAUAACCAGGAGACCAUGAGCGCGCAAGUCAACGACCCCGAGAGUAUACUGUGCUACCAGAGGCCUGAUGAGGAGGUGGUGGUAGAUCAGGGAGGAACCAGCUCUGUGCUGAACAUCCACUAUGAGAAGGAAGAACUGGAAGGUCACAGGACUCUGUUUGUUGGGGUCCGGAUGCCCAGGCAGAGCCAUCGUCACCACAAAGGUCAUGGUUCCCGCCACCGCAAGAGAGACAGAAGGGCAAGCAGCAUUGCAGCACAACAAAGCGAGGAGAAUGAGACAACCAGUUCUAGUCAUGACACACCAUCCCAGCGGGUCCAGUUCAUUCUAGGCAAUGAGGAGGAUGCUGAACACGUGUCCCAUGAGCUGUUCACCGAGCUGGAUGAGAUCUGUGUCAAGGAUGGCAAGGAUGCUGAGUGGAAAGAAACAGCCAGAUGGCUGAAGUUUGAGGAAGAUGUGGAGGAUGGUGGAGAAAGGUGGAGCAAGCCUUACGUUGCUACGCUUUCCCUCCACAGUCUAUUUGAGCUGCGCAGUUGCAUUAUCAACGGCAGCGUAUUGCUUGACAUGCGUGCUGACUGCAUUGAAGAGAUUGCAGACAUGGUACUGGACCACCAGGAGGCAUCCAAUGAGCUGGAUGACAGCGUAAGAGUGAGGGUUCGUGAGGCGCUGCUCAAGAGACACCACCACCAAAACGAGAAGAAGAAGAAUUUGAUUCCCAUUGUACGCUCCAUCACAGAGGGAGCACGCAAACAGUCAGAACCUCAUCUGAUUGGGUCAGCCACAUCUCCCCAGCCUAUUCAAUCCAAUGAAGCAGCUAAGAACGGUGCUGGACAGGACAGCAGUCAGGUGGACCUGAGUAAGGUAGAUCUGCACUUCAUGAAAAAGAUCCCAGAGGGUGCAGAGGCUUCCAAUGUGCUGGUGGGAGAGCUGGACUUCCUGGGGAGGCCUAUUGUAGCCUUUGUGCGGCUUUCCCCUGCUGUGCUGCUCACCGGACUUACAGAGGUGCCCAUACCGACCAGGUUCCUCUUCAUACUUCUUGGCCCUGAUGGGAAGGCUCAGCAAUACCAUGAAAUCGGUCGCUCCAUGGCAACCAUCAUGACAGAUGAGAUUUUUCAUGAUGUAGCAUACAAGGCAAAGGACAGAAGUGACCUUCUAGCGGGAAUAGAUGAGUUUCUAGACCAAGUAACUGUCCUGCCACCAGGAGAGUGGGACCCCUCAAUCCGUAUUGAACCCCCAAAAAAGGUCCCAUCUCAGGAGAAAAGGAAGAUGCCUGGAGUCCCUAAUGGCACCGUCUGUCAGGAAGAGGAAGAGCUGCAUGCUGAACACCACGGGCCAGAACUGCAGAGAACUGGAAGGUUAUUUGGUGGUCUGAUCCUGGACAUCAAGAGGAAAGCUCCAUUCUAUUGGAGUGAUUUUAAGGAUGGUCUCAGCCUCCAGUGUGUGGCCUCCUUCCUCUUCCUCUACUGUGCCUGCAUGUCUCCUGUCAUCACCUUUGGGGGACUGCUGGGGGAGGCGACAGAAGGACGUAUUAGCGCCAUUGAGUCCUUAUUUGGUGCAUCUAUGACUGGAGUAGCCUACUCGCUGUUUGCUGGUCAGCCUCUCACCAUCCUGGGCAGCACAGGCCCUGUUCUUGUGUUUGAGAAAAUCCUCUUCAAAUUCUGCAGGGACUACGACCUUUCCUAUCUGUCGCUGCGGACUUGCAUAGGCUUAUGGACAGCCCUGCUGUGUUUACUGUUGGUUGCCACAGAUGCUAGUUCCCUGGUGUGCUACAUCACUCGUUUCACAGAGGAGGCCUUUGCCGCCCUCAUCUGCCUCAUCUUCAUCUAUGAGGCUUUGGAGAAACUGUUUCACCUGGGAGAACUCUACCCUUACAACGCAUACAGUGAUUUGGACAAGCUCACCCUGGCAUAUUGUAAGUGUGCAGAACCUGAUAAUCCAAGUAAUGAAACCUUGGAAAUUUGGAAUGAGAGAAACAUCACAGCCUCUGCUGUACCCUGGGCCAACCUGACUGUCAAGGAGUGUAUCAGUCUGCACGGCCACUUUGUUGGGACAGCAUGCGGUCACCAUGGCCCCUACACCCCAGAUGUCCUUUUCUGGUCUGCUAUCUUGUUCUUUUCAACGUUUUUCAUGUCUGCCUUCCUCAAACAAUUCAAGACUAGCCGUUAUUUUCCCACUAAGGUGCGGUCUAUGAUCAGUGAUUUUGCAGUGUUUCUUACCAUUGUUUUUAUGGUGCUGAUUGACUUUGCCAUUGGAGUACCCUCCCAAAAGCUGAAGGUGCCAAGCAAAUUCCAGCCUACCAGAGAUGAUCGUGGUUGGUUCAUCAAUCCAAUAGGGCGAAAUCCAUGGUGGACAGCUUUGGCUGCAUCGAUUCCUGCUCUUCUCUGUACGAUCCUCAUCUUCAUGGACCAACAAAUAACUGCUGUCAUAGUCAACCGCAAAGAGCACAAACUACUGAAAGGCUGUGGGUACCAUCUGGACCUGCUGAUGGUGGGAGUGAUGCUGGCCGUAUGCUCCAUCAUGGGCUUGCCCUGGUUCGUGGCAGCCACUGUCUUGUCGAUCUCUCAUGUCAACAGUCUGAAGCUGGAGUCAGAGAGCUCAGCUCCAGGAGAGCAGCCUCGCUUCCUGGGGAUCAGAGAACAGAGACUUACUGGCCUGGUCAUCUUCCUGCUCAUGGGCUUAUCUGUAUUCAUGACUAGAGCCCUCAAGCUCAUUCCUAUGCCAGUGUUGUAUGGUGUUUUCCUCUACAUGGGAGUGUCUUCAUUAAAAGGCAUCCAGUUCUUUGACCGUCUGAAACUGUUUGGUAUGCCGGCGAAGCACCAGCCAGAUUUCAUCUACCUGCGACACGUUCCCUUGAGAAAGGUGCAUCUGUUUACUGUCACCCAGCUCACGUGUCUGGUGCUUCUCUGGGUCAUUAAGACAUCACCGGCGGCCAUAGUCUUCCCCAUGAUGGUGUUGGCUCUGGUUUUCAUCCGCAAGGUGCUGGACUUGUGUUUCUCCAAGCGAGAGCUAAGCUAUCUAGAUGACCUAAUGCCCGAGUGGAAGAAAAAAAAUCUUGACGAUGCCUCGAAAAAGAUUGAAGAGGAGUCACAGGUUAUGCUCAGCACAAACAAAGAGGAUUCGACUACAGUUCAGAUUCCCAUGGAGAAGACCAAGCCUGCUCAGGCUCCAAAAGCCCACGAUCCCAGGUGUGACCCCUCUGAUAUUAACAUAUCUGAUGAAAUGUCUAAAACCACCGUGUGGAAAUCUCUCAACACCAAUCAAAAGGACACUCGUCCUUUGACUGCUAAAAAGGUUUGAAGAGAUUGCAUUCAUCGAUGAGUAAAGGAUGUCCAGAUUCAUGACAGACUCGACUGCAUCUCUUGACUGCACAGGAUUUGGCUGCUUCAACCAUCAGCCACUUCAGUGCUCAGAAAAAGGAGUCUCCACAGUUUCUACCAGCUACCCAUAAAACACACAUUUCUCAGAGACACAGGGAAGUCAAGGGUGUAGAACAUCCAUCCAUUCACUUCUACCUUUGUGAAGUUUGUAAAUAUAUAAAAUAUAUAUACUGUACUACAUAUAUAUUGUUUCAUUUCCCUGAAUCAAAGCUCUAAAAUUCAAAUCCUUACCUACUUAUGGCUCUGGCCCUCACCACUCCUAUAUCUUAAACACCUUGGCUUGGAGUUUUGUUUUCAUUAGGCACAUAUAAUAUCAACCUUCUUACAUCAUCUGAACAAUCUUAAACAAUAUUUAGCUGUGAGAAUCCAAUACUACUGAACUUCCAACUUUUAAUUGAAUUGUGGAGAGCAGUGAUAUGGAGUUGUACUCUAGAGGCAAGUCCUGGAGCUGCUCCACUGACAGUCACAGUGAGAUGUAGAGCUGUUUUCUGUUUCAAACCAUGCAGUCAUAUAAAGGUAACUGGGAUGUACCAUUUCAAUUAACCGUACUGGUUCAUCUCCAAAAAAUGGUCAAAACAUUUACAUGGGGGUUUUGUUUCAGCUUGUACGAGUCACAUUUAGUUUGCUUUUAACUAAAAGAACAGUACCAUGAAAACAGUGAGAGUGAAACCAAAUAAUAAAACCUUUAACCUGUACCUCUCCACAGAGCUGAGGCAAAGCGCAGAUUUAAGUAAUAUUUUAUUGCUGGUUAUCAAAAAACCUUAUGUCAACAAAAAGUAAACAAAAACAAUGAUUGAUAUGUUUAAUAUGGUUGACUAUUUGGUAGACUCAGAAGAAAAUGGUAAAUGAAAGCACCAUCAACAAUGUGCUGUUUUGGGUGUAAUGUUUCCUUUAUUGGGUGUUCAUCUUUAAAUUAAUGAUUGUGUAAGAAUCAAGUCUGUUAUACCGACAGCACCCUGUGUGUUUGUAUUCUGCUUGUAUUCUUAUUUCUUUACCUCAAACAAGGGCAUGAAUACUCAUGUAAGGUAUUUUGGAUAACAUCAGGUAGGAAAAACCAGAAACGUGUGCGUAUCAAAAAAUGAGGGGGGCUUCAGGAUUUUAUUUUAAGCAAUAAUUUACCCACGGUCCACCCAAAACUAAUCAUACUGCAGCUUUUUAUUCAUCAGGAUCCUCUCUUACUAGUGCAACUUUGUAUAUUCAUCUUGAGCUGGACUCUGAAGGCCUUCCUCGCACUUUCAUUACAUGUUACACUAUAAAACAGUUACAGUUAAUAAAGUGAAGCUAUUUGAGCAAUGUCAACUUUAUCUGAGACCUUUCAGUCUGCAUAAACAAGGUUGCACUGUAAUGUGGGCCCUUGUGUUUAAUAACCUUCAUUAGACCAACAAUCUCUCUUUUUCAUUUCACGCAGCAGUUUCUAAAUGAGAAUGGUCUUUAAUAAUACUUUAGCUAUAGUUGCACUUUCUGUAGAUAAAAAAACGUUGAUAUAUUUUGUUUUAAGAAACUCUAUUAAGCAACUAAAUUAUUUUAAUAAAAUGUUACAGUUAUUUAUUUUUAGAUACAAAGUCACAAAAUAUCCUCUUUGCUUUCUCUAUUCUAAGGCUGAAGAAUGCAGCACAUAACUAAUGCUUUGGUGAAUGUCUUGCCUCCAUACAGUCACGGGAGAUACCUGUUAUGUAAUAUAAUGCGGUCGACAAUAGAACUGGCCCAAUUGGUAAUGAAGAGUUUCAGGUCAAAGUUAUACAGCCAUUUCUGCCUGAAGUUCGCUAACAUUAGCCGUCAUGAAUUAACUUAGUAAUAUUUCACAAAUAUCAAUAUCCUGUUAACAUCAAUUCAUUUUCAGGGAUACUUCCUGAACAGUCUUCAUCUGUUCUGUUUAAGUGAAUUUGAUCCAAAGUGCACAAGUAAUGUGUCACUGUAAAGAUGACACCUCUGUGACACGUGUGAAAGUUUGUGGAGUGUGACUAAUGUCAUGUACUUCUGCUUUGAUUCUGUCAGAUAUCUGAAUGUGAGUUGAGUGCAGCCAUAGCUAAAUUCAUUAACGGCAUGAAUAAAAUAUUAUUGUGUAAUCAUAUGAGUGAGUGCAAACAGUAGCUGAUGCUAAGGGUAAAAAAAAGAGGAUUUGACCAAAAUGUAAAAUCACUGUUAAAAAUCCAGUGUUGAAGGAUUGUAAAUGUGCUGUUAAAAAAAAAAAAGAAUCUACAAGUUAUUUUGGUGACCGUUAAGCUUGACUUUAAACCCGUUGAUGUCUAUGUGAAUGUACGGUAAAUAUAAAGUAAAAUGCCUUCAUUGCACCGUAGAAUGAUUGCAUAAACAUGUAGCCAGGAGAUUCAUACAUUAGGUGGAUGUGACUAUAAAUAUAUGUGCAAUACCAGUACAUGCGUGCCUGUCAUAGACUACAUAACCAUUUCUUGUUGUGCUGCCUUUUCCUGCACCAUUGACCUUACAUCCCCUUUUGUUUCUAGGUCCAGUUUUGGAUUGUUGUACUGAAUCGUUAUUUAUAUUUUCCUGCCCACUUCAUUUUUACAUGUAGGUAAAGGUGACAUCUGUGCACUUUGUGAGGCUACGUCCUUGUAAUGAGUAUAAUGUGAAACCGAUGUCUAUUUCAAGGACGAGGUGACAGUAGAGAAAAAUGUAGUUGUAGAGGGGGGAGAGGAAGUUUCCACUGAGAAGAAGAACACUUGUACCACGGUAACAUUAAUCCUACAGUUUCGGAGCCAUAGAAAGAGCGAUGCCUUGUCUCUUGUAUUAGUCUUGAAAGAAAUAAUUCUGUUUUAUAUGUAUAUCAAAUUUAAUUUUUGACAAUGGAAAAUGGAAAAUAAAUAACUA